AUUGUUUGAUUUUUGUGUUGAACGCGCAAUGGUGGUCUUUCUUCGAAGAUUUUCGUAAAUUAUUUCAUUGAGUUGGUGGUUUUUUGUGUUUUUAUUAUUUAACGUUUGAUUUUAUUAAUUAUUCAGUGUAAAAUCUACUCCACCUGAUACCAAAUAAUGACCUUCAGAGGGUCAAGCAGGGGUUUUCGAUCACCCAGAGGAACCCGUGGAUCGUUCCGAAGCCGUGGUACAUUUCGAGGACGUGGUCAAGGAUCGAACUCUUACUAUGAAUCUAAUAAUCGAGGCUCGUUCAACAACAAUAGAGGAUCUUUUCGAGGCGGGUCUAGUUACCGAGGCAAAAACGAUAGCUAUGAGUCUCGAGACAGCAGCAGUAGCAGUAAAUAUAGUGGCGAUCGUUAUUCGAGCUCACACAGUCGAAGAGAAGAAGGUAGCCAUCAUCAUAGAGAAGUGAAAGAGUCCGCAUCCGGAUCGUAUGGAAGAGAUCAUAGUCGUCGCGAUGGUGAACCGGAACGUAAACGAGUACGUUCGGAGAUCGGAAGCUCGAGCUCGUACAAAGAGGGUAUAUCACCUCGUAGAUCGUACGACGACCUAGAUCAUUCCAAUCAUUCGAGUCGCAGCUAUUCUAGCACCGGUUCGCCAUACCGAUCGGAAUCUAGCUCGUUUGCCAAAUCGCAUCAUCAUCGUUCGAAGGAAUACUCGGAAUUUAAAAAACCUCUACCACCGGCGCAGGACUCGAGCUAUCGCGGAUCAUCGUCCAGAGGAUUUCGUGGCAGAGGUAUCACUAGAUCGACAACGGCCAAUCGAAUGAGUAGAUCGACGACGGUCAAUCGAAUGAGUAGAUCAUCGAUGGCGCCUUCGUAUGUGAAACGUUCUGCUGUCGGACGUAUAAGUACUAGAUUGAGACCGACCCCUAUGAGCCGCACGCAACAGUUAUUACGAAAAAAGAAACAGAUUCGUUUGAUGAGGAUUCGAAAAUUAAAUGAAGCUCGUGGCCGACCCUCGAAGAGUGAUAAACCUAAUGAAAAUAAUACUACUUUUUCGGAAGAAGAAGAUUUAGACAACAUGGAAGUGGAAGACGAAGAAAUGGUGGCCGAAGAAUUAGACCAAUCGAUGGCCAAAAGUGAAAGCAGCGUAAAAGUAGAAGGUUCGGGUGAAGAGAAGAAAUCAGAUAGUAAAAAAUCCACCCCUGUUAAAAAGGAAGCUGCGUCGGAGAGCGAAUCUCCGAAGAAAACUGAAAGAAAACCGAUAAAUACGUUUCACAAGGAUCAUAUUGCGUUGAAAUGCCUCCAUUGUAAAAUCGAAUGUUCAACGUUCAAAAGAUACGCGAUGCAUUUGAACUCGUACAGACACAAGACGUCGAUGGAUUCGGUGCUGUACGACUCGAAACAGAAAUUGAGAAAGAUGCGAGCCGAGCAACGUAAUCAGCAACGUGUUAUCGACGAGAAAAACGACGAUUUUGCGAAAACUUCGUAUUGUAGAUUAUGUAAACUGAACUACAAACAGACCAAACAGGAACAUUUCACUUCCGAUCAUCAUAUUAAUCUGAACGAAUUUUUGAAUCCGAGAUGCUCAGUAUGUCAUUUAUCGUUCGAAACGCCCAUUCUAUACGAACAUCACAAAUGUACUUUGAAUCAUAUCAAGCGUAAAGCAUUCCUCGAGAGAAAAGGAGCAGAUGUAAAAGACGGCGAUAAAGAUGAAGAGAAUAACGACGAUGAUAACUUUAUGGUACUGGAUUCAGUCGGUUCAGCUGACGAAGAGUCCGGUGACGAAACGCAACCGGCUGAUGAUACGAGCGUUGUCGACGACGAUGAAACCAAAGCUAAAUCAGCACCGGCUAAGAAGAAGAAAUUACCCAAAGUUGUCGGAGCGGAAUUCAUUAAACGAGUACCGGUGUAUUAUUGUAAAUUGUGCCGUCUUUGUUUACCGUAUAAUCCGAACACGCUGCAGGAAGAUUUGCUUUUAGCUCAUUGCAGAGGACGGUUCCAUUUGAAAUUAUUUUCAACCGAGAAACUAAGAAGAACUAAACAAGAUGCGACUAAAUCGAAGAAGAGUAAACUGAAUAAAUCCGGAUUACCGAAAGAUGUUUCGGAAAACAACACCGAAGACACGAACGCCAGUACCGAAGUUGACGAUUCAAGCGCUUGGGACGAUACAGAAGGCGAUCAUCAGAAAUCAUCGGACGACGAAGAAGCCGGUAACCGUUUCGAUAGAUUUGGACAUAGCGAAGAACUCGAAAACGCUACCGCUGCCGUUAAAUCUGAGACGAACGAGAGUAACGGUGCGAACGAAAGUAUUGCCACGCAAGCGUGAGAUGUUCGUAUCGAAAUACCAUAUUUAUUCGUUGGAGAAGAAUAUACUUUUUUAUACAAUAUGUUUUAUUUAUGUAGAAUUUCUAGUGUUAGGUUGGAAGCGCGUUAUAUAUUGUAAAGUUAUACGAUUGUUUCUCAUAUGUACGAGAUACGUGCGUUCUUGUAAUUUAUGUUUGAAAAGUGAUGUUUGUUUAGUAACAGACUCAGUGUAUAAUGUAGUGAUAAUUUAACUGGUUUGAUGAUGUCGUAUUUAUAUAAUAAACUAUUAUAUUAGUGUC